ACAAGAUGCCUUGUUUUUUGGGAUUGGAUGGGCAUCUGACAGAAUAAAAAUUUAAAAUGGCGUUAUUUGGUGAAAAUAAAAAAAAAUACAAAAAUAAAAACCCAAAAUAAAGCGGCAGCGACCAAGUGGAGAAAAAUACCAAAGUAGCCUUAUCGGGGACGGGCGAAGAAACCAACUGUGUAAGGAAAUGUCAACCGAGAAUCAGAUACAUGAUGUUGCAGUUGAAGAAGAAGAAGAAAGAAGACCUCUUAUUAUCCAUGAUUUUGAUCCCUCAAUUCUCAUUCUCCAUGAAAAUCAACAAGACACCAUCUUCCCUUUACCAUCCGAUAAUAAUAAUAAUAAUAAUAAUAACGCAGAUAAAUCGUCGCUGCCAUCUUCACUCUCUCUUCCUAAUCAACGCCUUGUUUCUCUCGAUGUAUUUCGCGGCCUAACUGUUGCGUUGAUGAUAUUAGUUGAUGAUGUGGGACGGGCUUUCCCAUCCUUGAAUCAUUCUCCGUGGUUUGGGGUGACACUAGCUGAUUUUGUAAUGCCGUUUUUUCUCUUUGGGGUUGGUGUUUCAGUUGGUCUGGUGUUCAAGAAAGUCUCUAGCAAACCAAAUGCCACAAAGAAAAUAAUACUGAGGACGAUUAAGCUUUUUCUUUUGGGGCUCAUGCUACAAGGUGGGUAUUUCCAUGGGCGCGGUGAUUUAACUUAUGGAGUUGAUUUAAGCAGGUUACGCUGGUUUGGUGUACUUCAGAGGAUAUCUAUUGGAUAUUUCUUGGCCUCAAUAUCAGAGAUUUGGCUUGUGAACAAUAAUAUGUUGGUUGAUUCACCAGCAGCUUUUGUCAGGAAAUACUCCAUCCAGUGGAUGUUUUCUAUCUUACUUUGCUCAGUAUACCUUUGCUUGCUCUACGGUCUCUAUGUUCCAAAUUGGAAGUUCAAACAUUCUAAUUUGCUUUGGUCUGGUCGUGUAUCAACUAUUCAAAACGUUAAUUGUGAAAUGAGGGGCAGCCUUGAUCCUCCGUGUAAUGCUGUGGGAUUUAUUGAUAGAUUAAUUCUUGGUGAAGAUCAUAUGUACCAGCGUCCUGUCUACAGAAGAACAAAGGAGUGCAGUGUCAAUUCUCCUGAUUAUGGACCUUUGCCUCCAGAUUCACCUGGGUGGUGCCUUGCACCAUUUGACCCAGAGGGUAUUUUGAGUUCACUGAUGGCUGCCAUUACUUGUUUUGUGGGAUUGCAAUUUGGGCAUAUACUUGUACUUUUUCAGGCCCACAAGCAGAGGGUACUCCUUUGUUCUGUAUUUUCCUUCUCUCUCUUGGCAAUAGGAUAUAUUCUGGAGAUUUUAGGAAUUCCGUUAUCAAAAGCACUGUACACGUUAAGCUUCAUGUUCAUCACGGCAGGAGCAUCAGGCUUGGUCUUGACUACUAUAUAUUACAUUGUUGACAUAGAACGUAUCAGAAAGCCUACAGUUUUACUACAAUGGAUGGGAAUGAAUGCUCUUAUUGUAUAUGCAUGGGCUGCUUGUGACAUUUUCCCAGCAGUUAUCCAGGGUUUCUAUUGGCGAUCUCCUGAAAAUAACUUGGUUGACGCCAGUGAAGCUUUAAUACAGAACGUAUUACAAUCCCAGAAGUGGGGUACAAUGGCCUUUGUAAUAAUCGAGAUUUUAUUCUGGGGUCUUUUUGCUGGUUUCCUGCACAAGAAAGGGAUAUAUAUAAAAUUGUAAUGGAUGAUGCAAUCAUGCAAGAGACAAUGACAUGUACAUCUGCUUUCCUCGUAGAUAGCUUCUAGUAGAAGCUAGCAAUGCUUGCUUGGCAAGCACAUAUGUUGUUGGUUAUCUUUCUUGGUUCUCCUAUAUAACCUGCCAAAAGUUGUCUUUCCUAGCUUUUCCAUAGGAAUGUCUAAAAGACAUUUCCUUUAUCUGUGUCUUGACAAUCUUAUGGAGAACUUUUGAGGAGUCUAAAAGCACCGAGAGUAACAACCGACAAAUGACCAAGACCACCAAGAGACCGAAACACUAUAUCUCUAUUUAAAAUCUUAAGAUAUUUAGUGUACGAGUCGCAUUUUUGUAUAUCCUUCAUGUAAUCUUAAUUAAUGUAGAAUUAACUAAACAUACAUGAAUUUCAACACAAAUAAAAUUCAUUAUUGAAUCAAAUUAAAUCCUAAGCAAAGGCUUGUGGUCGUAGACAGUUUAAUGUGAUUUUAA